GUGCUUCACAGAAUUUGAUUCCUCCCUUUUCUUAACUCGGAUAUAUAAAUAAAACAACUGAGUCUGGUCUCUCACGGAUCCUCAUUUGUUUAACCUCCUAGGAAUCUCAAAACAGAAACUGUCAUUACCAAAGUUACAACAUUUAAGCAGAACAGAUAUACUUUAUCUCAAUAUAGUGUUGAGGACCAAAUAUGAGCCUAGCAUGUCUUGUAUGCCAUAGUGUCGAAAGUCCAUCGCACUCUUUUAGAAGCUACUCGGUCUCAAGUUCUGACAAUGAAGGAAGGUGUUCUGCUAUUGCAAACUGCUUAGCCAGGAAGUUUCCUCUUCCUCCUCCAAGAGCAACUAUUGCAUCAACAUCCAAAGUGACCCCACAACCAACCAAUACGAGUCAUGAAAUGACGGGACCCCCAAGACUGGUCCGGAGCCGUGCUGUGAGACGGGAUCUUGUGAGAGAUUGGAAUUUUGAUGGGGCAGCGAUGGAGAGUUAGAUGCUUUAAAAAAAGUGCAGGGUUAUCCACUAGUGUGAUAGUAUUAGAGCUUUAUUUAGCUGUUCUCUAGAUUGUUUCUAUUAUGGGUGCAAUUGAACUCACUUUUCCACUUGAAGAGCUGGAGCAUUUGUGACCAUUGUAGGAAAAUUUAAUGUGAAACAAUGUUCAUAUAUUUUUUUUCUCUUUCCAAAUACCAUUUCUAAUCAUCUUUCCUUGGCAAA